AAGAGCAACGGGAAUUAGAAGUUAAUGUAAAAUACAAAAAACAAAUUGAAAACCAAUUAGAAGAGGUAAAAGAAUUAAGCAAAUAUGAGGACAGAAAAAUCCCUGAUGAAAUAAAUUACUCCCAAAUAGACAAUUUAUCAGAAGAGGCUCGGGAGAAAUUAACCAAAAGAAGACCGGUUUCAUUAGGAGCAGCUAUGCGAAUGAUGGCUGGAAUUAAUCCAACUGACAUUCAA